UAUUAUUAUUACAGUAUAUAUGAUAUGAUAUUAUAAUAUGUUUUACAGAUUCAAUAUGAAGUCCAUCGACAACAACAACAACAACAACAACAAGAGUCACAACAAUCACAUCCACAACAACAACAACACUAACAACAAUAUGUCGUCUCAUCGGUGGCGCCGUCACUGGCGGACCACUAGUUUUCGCGGCGGCGGCGGCAGCGGUGGUGGUCGCGGCCGUGGAGUAGGCGCUGCAUCAGCUGUUGUCGCCCGCCGUAUGGUUAGAUGGCCAGUGCGUACUACGGCAGCGAUGAUGAUGGCCAACAAUCGGCUGAAUACAGCCGCCGCCGCCGCUACCAUUAACGGUAAUCAUCAGCGCAACCACAACACCAACAACAACAAGACAGUAGCCGUACGGCCCGUUUGCCAGUACUAUCUGGAGGGCCGAUGCAGUCGCGACUCGUGCCCGUACAGACACGUGAAGGUCAACCCGGAGGCCAAACUAUGUUUGCCGUUCAUCAGAGGCCACUGUCCCGCACAGGACAAGUGCAAACGUAUUCACCGAUUGGACGGCCUUAACGCCCGUCAUCAGUGGACAGCGGCCAGAGUAGUGGUGGCCAAAGCCAAAGCACAAUCAGUAGUACGGAGAGCGUCCAUUAAAUCGCGGCUAUUAGUUGCGGCCAACAAUAAUAAUAAUAAAAGACAAUCACUGCCAUCAAAGCAACAAAAGACAACGACAACAAUUGUCAGACAUAUCAUCAAUAGUUUGCGUAAGAAAAAGAUUGCAGCGGCGAGGGCUGCAAUGAUGGCGGCCAAUGGCCACCACCACCACAAUCACCCAAUCACUGCCAUUACCGCCACCACUACCACAACCAACACUACCACCACUAACCAAUCAAUGACAACCGACAAUAAUGUUGGUCACCACCGCUCAACAACGGUAGCGGUACAGCAACCCGAGUUCAUACCUAUUGUUUCCGAUGAUAAUGUGAUGGCCAAUGAUACUAACAGUGCCGCCCAUAUGUCGGCUGCGGUGAUGAUGGCGGCGGCGGCCAUCAAUUGUUGUGAGACCAACACUAGUAGUAGUAAUAGUGAUAAAGUUUGCGCCAAUAGUAAUAAUACCAACAAAAAGAGUCAUAAAAAAUUGAAAACAAUUACCAGUACUACUAAUAGCAAAAAGUUAAGCAAAAUUAAUAGAAAACAAAAGAGAUAUUUAUGGUUAGAAAGUGAUGACGAAUGUACUACCAGUGAUGAUGAUGAUGAUAAUGAUGAGGAGGAGGAUAAUGAUGGGAACGGUAGUAGUAGUAAUAGGAAUAGUAGUGUCAUCAUCACCAACAACAACAACAACAAAAACAGUCAACUGUCGACCACUAGUUGUUGUCGACCACCAGCUAUUAGAAUUGUACCCAAAUUUAUGCUCUGAGAUAUAUCUACCCCUCCUAACCCCAACCCCCCAACCCCUACUCUAUCUAUAAUUUCCACCCCCUGUCUCUCUCUCUG